CCUGCUCUGAUUAACUAGUGCAAAAUGUUCACCAAAGUGUUCGCCCUCAGCGCCGUGUUGGCCGCGGCCAGCGCUGGUCUCCUGCCUGUGCACCACAGUGCAGUCUCCUCCCAGAGCAUCGUCCGUCACGAUGCUCCCGCACACUACGCCGCCCACUACGCCCCCGCCCACUACGCUGCCCCCAUUGUCCACGCCGCUCCCGUUGUCCACGCAGCUCCCAUCGUCCACGCCGCCCCCGUAGUCCACGCAGCCCCCAUCGCCGUUGCUCAUGGCGAAUACUCUCACCCCAAAUACGACUACGCUUACUCCGUGGCUGACCCCCACACCGGUGACCACAAGUCCCAGCACGAGAGCCGCGACGGUGGUGCCGUGCACGGCAGCUACUCCCUGGUUGAGCCCGACGGUUCCGUGCGCAAAGUAGAAUACACCGCUGACGACCACCACGGUUUCAACGCUGUCGUCCACAAGACCCCCGGCCACCACCCAGCCCCCGUUGUCCACGCUGCCCCCGUGGUACACGCCGCCCCCGUAGUCCACGCCGCCCCCAUCGCGCACUACGCCGUCGCUCCCCUCGCCCACGGACAUCAUGGCCUCCAUUACUAAGCAACUACUCUAGCAUACUCGUGUGAUAUGAUGACGGAUGACUGAUUGUGAUAUUUAUGUGUAAAUAUGAUGAAAUGAAUUUAUACUCGAAUGUAAAUAAAAUACUCAGCUGCUGA